GAAUUGCAAGAAAUCAAUCAAUUACUAUGUCCACAUCCGACCCACUUGGAGAAUAUUUGAUUCUUUCAUUACCUCAAUCGACCAAUGCUCGCAAAUGGUUGACUGAAUCAUUGAACACCGGAAAACAACCAUUAUUCAAUUUAAAAAUUCCUGACUUCCAAAGUGGUACUUUAGAUUCUUUAGUACAAGAAAGUGAAGAAUUGGCUAAAAUAGACCAACAAUUGAGCGCAUCAGUUUCUAAAGUUGUUGAUAUCUUAAAUUCUGUGACUGAUGGAAGCAGCACCAGGGUUGUUCAAUCUCGAUCUGUAUUUGAUUACAUAGAAAACUUCCAAUGGAAUACUUCCAAGUAUAGAUUAGAUAAACUGAUUAAUAUUUUGGUUAAGUUGAUUGCAUCAGAAGCUAUAAGUUUAGACAAUGACGUUAGGGCCAGUUAUCAAAACUACCAAACUGCCAAAUCUAACUUCUUGGCUGCUGAUAGAAAAAAGAAUGGUGAUUUAUCGAUUAAAUCGUUACAUGAAAUUGUUAAGCCAGAACAAUUUGUAUUGAAUUCAGAACAUUUAACUACAAUUUUAAUCGCAGUACCAAAUAACUUGGUUUCUGAUUUCAAAAAUUCUUAUGAAACUUUAACCCAAUUUGUUAUCCCUAGAUCUGCCGAAGUUAUUGCCAAGGAUCAAGAAUAUACUUUAUACACGGUGACAUUAUUUAAAAAGUUCCAGCAAGAAUUUAUUAACUUAUCUCGUGAACAUAAAUGGCAUCCAAGAAACGAUUUUAUUUACAGUGAAGAAACACUUAACAAUUUAAGAAAAGAGUUUGAUUUAACUAAAGCAAAUGAAUUGAAACUGAAGAAUGAUUUGAUUAGAUUAAGUAAGACAGCAUACCUGGAAAUCUUUUCCCAAUGGGUUCACAUUAAAUGUAUUAGAAUUUAUGUUGAAUCAGUGUUAAGAUAUGGAUUACCACCACAAUUUGAUAACUACUUGAUAAAGUUCCAAGGAGCCAAUUUAAAGAAUAUUAGUAAGGCUAAGAAAGAAUUGAUUGAAAAAUUCGGAUAUCUUGGCGGUGCCGGUUAUUCAAACACUUCAAACUUACACGAAUAUGCCUCAUUAGUUGAUACUGACUAUGAGCCAUUUGUAUUGUACGAAUUUGAAAUCAUUUAGUAAUAUCACACAUAACACCGAGGGAGUGAUAUUGAUGGAGGCGUUGACAUGAGAAGCUCGGAAUUAUAUUAAAUUAUCUAGUAUUAAAUAUUUUUGAAUGUUAUAGAAAACAUUAGUUUAUAACCGAUGGAGGCUGUGGUAGUGUUCUCGAACCAUUCGGAGUUAUACAUCACUGUUUGCUUGUUAUUUAUUUAUUUUUUUUUUUAUUUCUUUUCUUAACAUUAGUUACUACGAUAGUUAUUUUUUAAUUAGUAAUUUGUUUAAAAAUUUUU